ACAGCAGAAUAUUUCGAAACGUUAAUCAUUAUUUCUCAUUUGAAUUUUAGGUUUUAGCAAAUCUCAAUAUCUUUCAGACUGGUUUUACUGUCGGCCUUGAGGUAACCACUUGGCCAUUGGAGUUGCUGAAACGACAAGUGAUUUUUACUUUUACCGAUUUGUUGGUUGCCGUUGGUGGCGCUGCUGGAUUGUUCCUUGGCUUCAGCGUUUUGGGUGCCAUUGAAUUCUUCUACUAUUUUUCACUGCGCUUAUUGUGGUAUCUGAGAGGUUACAGAUAUUAAUAGCGAGGCGAAAUUUGAAAAUGAACAGCCAUUUCCGGUUGUUAUAAGCCGCUUAUAUACUUAUAUACAUAAAUUCUUGGAAUAUAAAAACAUUUUACCGAAUAUCAACACAAUAUACUACGAAUUACUACUAUUUGCUAAACACUAUUAUUGGCACCUACAAAAAGACUCGAAUGCGUGCACACGUUUAUUUACACGGCUUCGCCCACCGCUGAACUCAUCACCGCAUAAUAAAUGCGCAAAUCAAUAUCUUCUAGCUUACUUUGUAUAUUGCUAAACAAAAUUUCAAAAACUUGAAAUUAGUCGCUAUGAGUUUCUGGGUGAAGAAUCACGACGGUUCAACGAUUUUGGAGAAACCACCGCGCAUUGUGCCGCUCUUCAAUCCCGGCCAACGGGAGUUUCUCGAAGAUGAGCAACGCCAGCGCAUACAAAUGCAAAAGCGCGCACAAGAGGGCGGAAAAUCCACCGAAUACUACAUCCGCAAACAAUCGACGCUGGACGACGCACGUCUACUGGAUGAGCACGAUUCAUUCUACAAGACGACGAAGAGCUUACUCGUGCUCUUCCAAAUUAUGGGCAUAAUGCCUAUUCAUCGCAAUCCCCCCGACAAUAAUUUGCCUCGCACAGGCUUCUCGUGGACAUCGCGUCAAAUGCUAUACGCCAUAUGUAUUUUCUCACUCGAAACAUUUAUUGUGGCGAUGGUGUUGCGUGCACGGGUCAGGAACUUUAUUGAGCAGCCGGACAAGCAUUUCGACGUGGCGAUCUAUAAUAUUAUCUUCAUCAGUUUAUUGUUCACGCAUUUUCUGCUGCCGGUAGCGAGUUGGCGUCACGGGCCUGAAGUGGCUAUCUUUAAGAAUAUGUGGACGAAUUAUCAGUAUAAAUUUUGGCGCGUCACUGGUUCGCCCAUCGUUUUUCCCAAUCUAUAUCGCCUCACCUGGGGUCUAUGCAUAUUUUCGUGGGCUCUGAGCGUUGCCGUCAACGUCUCGCAGUACUUUUUGCAACCAGACUUUGAGUUUUGGUACACCUUCGCGUACUAUCCCAUCAUAGCGAUGCUGAACUGCUUCUGCAGCUUGUGGUACAUAAAUUGCAACGCAUUUGGCACGGUUAGCGAAGACCUUGCAAAACAUUUGGCAAUAACCCUCAAAAGCGACAAGCCGGCAGAAAAAUUGACGGAGUUUAGAUAUCUAUGGGUGGAUCUCAGUCUCAUGAUGCAACAAUUGGGUAAAGCAUACUCCAACAUGUACGGCAUGUAUUGCCUCGUCGUUUUCUUCACAACCCUCACGGCUGCUUAUGGUUCUAUAAGUGAGAUCAUGGAUCAUGGUGCAACAUACAAGGAGAUCGGACUGUUCGUAAUUAUGUUCUAUUGCAUGAGCCUGUUGUAUAUAAUAUGCAAUGAGGCACAUCAAGCGUCACGCAAAGUGGGCUUGGAUUUUCAAACGAAAUUACUUAAUGUCAAUUUAAUUGCUUUGGAUACGGCCUCGCAGCGAGAGGUGCAAAUGUUUCUGCUUGCGAUUUCAAAGACACCGCCAAUAAUGAACUUGGAUGAUUACGCAAAUAUUAAUCGGGAACUGUUUUCAUCGAACCUUACCUUUAUGGCCACCUAUUUGGUUGUACUGCUGCAAUUCAAGAUUACCGAACAGAGGGGUUUACGUGAAAAUCAAUCUCAGUCUAACAUUGAUUAUGGCGUAUAAAUUUUAAAUUAAAAGGCGAUCUCAGCUUUUGCAUAUAUAUUAUAUAUCCAUUUAUUUGGAGUACCUGCAACUGCCUCAAUCUCAAAUCUAUUAUAUCAUACUGCAACAAAAAAUCUCUACUUUAUAUCAAAUUUCUUGGAUUUGGGUCUUUUAUGUAGAACUACAUAAGCAUAUAAUCAAAAUAUUUACUGCAAAAAUCACUAUA